CGGCAGCACGGCAGCACGGGUCCUCUACGGAUAAACGGUGGCUAGCCGUCCGGUGUCACACUUUCGCCCCGCAGAGCCGCCGGGAUAAACCGUCGUUGGCCAGGUCUCCCUAUCCGGCUUCACCCCUUGAACUAUAUCGUGCAAGCAGCCGCGCCGCCGGGCAAGGCAAAAAUGCUCUCGGUGCGGGCGCCGCCCCGCGCUUUCUCGCCCUCGCCGCCGUGGCGGAGACGGGGCCGCCUAGACGGUUUCGCCGCGCCGCGGUGUGUCAGCGCCGCGCCACCCGUGACAACCCUAGAGACGGCUACCGCGCGGCCGGCAGGCGUCUCCUUCCCGAUUCUGGUGAAUGGCUGCACUGGUAAAAUGGGGGUAUCUGUUGCUGAGGCAGCUACUUCAAGGGGUCUUCACCUAGUUCCUGUUUCAUUCAGUAGUAGAGAGAACCUUGAUAAAACAAUACAAAUUGGUGAUACAGACAUUGAGAUAUAUGGCCCUUCUGCAAGAGAAGAUGUUCUUUCAUCUGUCAUUGACGAAUUCCCAGAUGUCGUCGUGGUGGACUACACGGCACCGGAUUCUGUGAACUCUAAUGCCGAGCUCUAUUGCAAGCUUGGUGUGCCAUUUGUAAUGGGCACAACUGGCGGGGAUCAGCAGUUACUGUACAAAUCAGUGCAAGAUUCAAAAAACUACGCACUAAUAUCUCCACAAAUGGGCAAACAGGUUGUUGCAUUUCUUGCUGCAAUGGAAACAAUUGCGGAGCAGUUUCCUGGGGCCUUCUCAGGCUAUCGCUUGGAGGUACUGGAAUCCCAUCAAGCAGGAAAGCUGGACACAUCUGGUACAGCUAAAGCAGUAAUUGCUUGUUUCGAGAAGUUAGGCGCGGUCUUUGACAUGGACAGGAUGGUUAAGAUCAGGGAUCCUGAGCAGCAGCUUUAUAUGGUGGGUGUCCCCGAAGAACACAUUGAUGGGCAUGCAUUCCAUUUGUACCAUCUGACUUCUCCCGAUGACAGCGUUUCAUUUGAGUUCCAGCACAAUGUUUGUGGCCGUUCAAUAUACGCCGAAGGGUCAGUUGAUGCCGCCAUAUUUCUGUAUAAGAAGGUACAAUCAAUGGAUCCUAAGAGAAUUUACAACAUGAUUGAUGUCUUGCAAGAAGGCGAUAUGCGGUAAAGUUACUGUUUAGCAUCUUCAUCCAUCAAAACAGAGGGUUGGGGCGCGGGGGUAGUAAUUAGUGAGCGUGGAAUAGUGGAGUUGGUGAUAUAUGUACUGAACCGCAUACACCCGAAAUAGUUUAGUCCGGAACCGGCAGGACGUGAAUAUCGUCACAUGUGUGUGGUAGGUACUCCCUCUGUAAACUUCUAUAAGACUGUAAACUUUUCUAAGACGUUUUAGGUAGGGAGUACUAACUGUUAA